GUGCUGCGCGCGCGCAGCCAGUUCCCGGCCGACCGCCGCGCAGUGAGCACGCGUGCAGACAUGUUACACGAGACUUGGCCCAGCGCCUACCAUCGCGGCGCACCCGCCUCCACCACCGAGAUAGAAGCGUUCCUCGCCGAGGUCAACAACAACUCGGUCAAAGAAGACGCGGACGGCAGCCCGCCCCCCGCGGGCUACGCCCCGUCGCCGUCGCGCCGCUACGAGGAGCUGCGGCCGGCGCACGGCUCACACGCGCGCGACAUGCAGGCGUACGUGCACCUCGAGGAGGCGCUGUUCAAGGGCUCGACGGACGGCGCCUACCUGCGCCGCGACCUGACGCCCUCGCCCGACCGCGCCGACGACUACCGCCUGCAGUACCAGUACCCCGCCGCGCCCCCCGCGCACCCCGCACACUCCGCACCGCCACCGUACGACCACGACCAUCAUCAUCAGAUUGACAGUGCCGGCGGCGCGAUAUACUCCCGGGCGUACUCCGGCGCCGGCUCGCCCUACUUCCCCGCCCCGGAGCUGCAGCAGACGCAGUUAUGGACCUCCAGUGCAGGCACCUCACCGAGCUACGCCACAGUGGAGGAGUACGCGGAGGGCGAGGCGGGGGGUGCGGGGGGUGAGGCGGGCGCGGGGGGUGCGCUGCCCCCCUUCGGCCGCUUCACCGGCGCCUUCGCCUCCACCAGCCGCCCCGGCACGGUGUACGGAUCCCCCGCCAUCACCACUAAUGCUUAUGAGCAACAGAGUAUGUGGAGCGGAGUGGGCGCGGUGCUGGACAACCGCCGGACGCAGUAUUCCGCGGCCGCCAGCCUCUCAGCUUGCGGGCGGGCCGAAGCGGCCGGGCGUGAUGUGCAGCAACUGCCAGACCUCGACGACGUCGCUGUGGCGCCGCAACGCGCACGGCGAGACCGUCUGCAACGCCUGCGGCCUGUACUACAAGCUGCACAGCAUCAACAGACCGCUCGCCAUGAAGAAGGACUCUAUACAGACGAGGAAACGGAAACCAAAGAACGGCAUGAAGUCCGACCGCGGCGUCAGCAAGACCAGCCACGCCAUCGCCAAGAGUCCGCUGCCGCACAUGGGCCGCAACGUCAAGCUCGAGAACCUACUGGAGGCGUCGGGCGUCCGGUCGCCGAUCGGCUACUACGUGCAGUCGCACGCGGCCGCGCCCCAGCCCCACACCGUCAAGCUGGAGAAGGGCUCACCGGCGCCGGCGCACUCGCAGAGCCUCGCGCAGGCGCACGCGCACGCGCACACGCAGGACAUGUCGCACGCGCACGCGCAGGCGCUCGCCUUCUACGGCGACGGCGAGUACCGGCGCGCCGCGGAGCAGGCGGCGCGCCUCGACCGCCCCACCGUCGUGUCGCUGGGCAGCUGAGCGCCCCCGCCCGCCCCGCCGCGGGACUCCUCCAUGAUAAACAGAAUCUCAGUCCCUUAGUUAAGUAGAGGUGCGUUCGCCGGGGUCCGUGGCGGCCCACGCGAGUUAUAACUAUCAGAACGUUGAGACUCUGCCGCGCGAACCGCAACGGGGCUCCUAUAUUUCGUAGAGCUAGAAGAUGUAGAUGCAUAUACAUAAUAUUAUGUUAAUUAUUAUAUAUUAUAUUAAUUUUAUGUAGAGACUAUAUUAUAUUUUGGAUGUAUAUUGUACCUAUUAAACUCCAUGACUUCUGCGUACAUUCCGCGCGAGCGAGCGAGCUUUUGCGACGUCUCGCCCUAGAAGAUUUUUAGUAUAUGUUUCUAUUAAUUUAAGUACCAAAGUACGACGAAAACGUGUAGGUACAGAUGAUGUCGAAUAUAAUCGGAGUGAGUACGAGACUCGCUCUGUUUUACAUCGCUAACGUAUUGAUCAAAAGAUGUAACGUUUUGUAAAGAUAAAAAUAUGGCACUCGACCAAAGUAUGAACCAACUACUAAUGUGUAAUUACUGCUAGUUUAUUUAAUUACUAAUGAGCAUAAUAUAGUGUGUGUGGUGGGGCGGGGG